AUGUGUCGGCGAGAGUCGGCCUGCGUCAUAGGAUCCUCGAUUCGCAGUCAAUCCCUUUCUCUUGUCUGUGCACCCCUGGAUGUCGGCUCACCCAUCGCGCACCUAAACGCGCCCCACGUCAACAGGGACCAACACGCUCGAAACGGGUUCGGAAACGAGAACUUCCGUCAUCGUCCCAAGCACGCCCAUUCACAGGGCGGGACAAGCACAAAGGUAAAUGAGGAGCAGACCCACUUGGCACGAAUUUCCCUCUCCCCACCACCUACCCGACGAAGCGACGGCUACCACGCCUAUUAA